AUGAACGCCACGAUGCUCGUCUCCUCCCGCGUGGCGGCCACGCGGCCGGCCGCGAAGGUUGCCCAGAGGCGCGCCGCGUGCGUCGUGCGGGCCUCGAAGGAUGCCGAGCCCGCCCGGGAGGCCAAGCGCCAGGAGAAGAUGACGAAGCUCAACAGCACGCUCGCGCCCCUCGCCGGCCUGCUCGUCCUCGGCUCGUUCCAGGACUCCCUGCAGCCCAUCGCCGCCCAGCUCAACGAGGCUGGCCUGCCCGAGGCUCUGGUGCGGUGGGGCCACCCCGGCAACAUGUUCGUGGUGCUGGCCGCGAUGGGCGGGUACGGCUCGUACCUCGGCUGGCAGAUCCGUCUGUCGGAUGACGCGGACGUGGUGGCCAAGGCGCAGGACAUGCACCCCAAGCUGCUGGGCGGCGCGGCGGUCUUCUUCUUCCUCGGCGCGUUCGGCGGCAUGCUCUCGCUGACGAUGCAGGGCAAGCCGAUCCUCCAGUCGCCGCACUUCUGGACGGGCACCACGGGCCUCACGCUGCUGGCGCUGCAGGCCAUGCUGCCGCUCUUCUUCGAGGACGACCCGAACGCCCGCAGCGCCCACGCCUACAUCGGCUCGGCCACCAUGGCGCUCCUCGUCGCCCACGCCGCCGCGGGCCUCAACCUCGGCCUCUCCCUCUAA